AUUGUAUAAUCCUAAACCCCUUCAAUCCCAACCAAUCACACACUUCAGCUCAAACCACGAAACAUAGUAAUAACUAAUAACCAAUAGUGACACAACACUCUCAAAUCCGCACCAAACCUCCUAAACGGGCGACACACAGGAUCACCAAAAACACUAUUAAACGCACGCGUUUCACAGUGCGACGAACUCGGAGAAGAAAGUUGCCGGCGAAACUUGGAGCUGAGCUCGGUUGACUCGGCCUCCCAACUCAGCCAUGGCUUCGGUUCACAGCGCCAUCCCAACCCGCAGUUUCCUCUCACCGGUUUCCAAAUCGAAAUCGAAAUCAUUGGCCGGCACCAAGCUGCAGAGCUUCCCGGCGUCGAGAUUCUCCGGGAAUCAAAUUUUCUCGGGAAACAAAAGGAGGAUUUUGGCGGCGGUGAAUUCGUCGGUGGAGGAAGUAGACGUGAUAUCGGUGCAGAGCGGCGACAUUACGGACCAGCAGGAGGGCGGAGCAGCUGCGGCGAGCAGGGCGGAGGUGGAAGGCGGAGGCAGCGACGGCGAGUUGGCGACUCAGGUGAGUGGAUUCGGAACGGGCGAGGGUUUGUUAUCGUUGGAAGGGUUUUCCUCUGCUUCGACUUCUUCAAUUGGGAAUGAGACUGAAGAGAGCAUGGAGAAGCUUAUGGAUAGAACCAUCAAUGCAACUAUUGUCCUAGCCGCCGGAACCUUCGCUAUCACCAAGCUCCUCACCAUUGAUCAUGAUUACUGGCAUGGAUGGACACUUUUUGAGAUACUACGGUAUGCACCUCAGCAUAAUUGGUCUGCUUAUGAGGAAGUUCUUAAGACGAAUCCAGUUUUUGCAAAGAUGGUGAUCAGUGGUGUUGUUUAUUCCAUUGGGGACUGGAUUGCACAGUGCUUUGAAGGAAAACCUAUUUUUGAGUUUGACCGAGCUAGGAUGUUCAGAUCAGGGCUUGUUGGGUUUACUCUGCAUGGCUCUCUUUCUCAUUACUAUUAUCAGUUUUGUGAGGAGCUAUUUCCUUACAAAGAAUGGUGGGUGGUUCCUGCCAAAGUUGCAUUUGAUCAAACAGCGUGGUCUGCAGUUUGGAACAGCAUUUAUUAUACUGUAGUUGCAUUAUUGCGUCUUGACUCUCCUAUCAGCAUUUUUAACGAAUUGAAGGCAACCUUUUUCCCCAUGCUGACUGCUGGGUGGAAGCUGUGGCCAUUUGCUCAUCUCAUCACUUAUGGUGUAAUUCCAGUUGAGCAAAGACUUCUUUGGGUGGAUUGUGUAGAGCUCAUUUGGGUGACCAUACUUUCAACUUAUUCAAAUGAAAAAUCAGAAGCAAGGAACUCAGAGUCCGAGGUACCUGCAGAAGUGAAAUCAAUCGAGGACUAAUUUAGAAUGCAUGUGAUCUGAAAACAUUGGGAGAAAAUGACUUUGCUCAAUCAGAUUUGAGAGUUGAGUAGAGUUCAGGGCCUGGGACCUUGUAAUAUGGAAAUGAAUUUAGAACGCAGAAUGUGGGAAAUGCUCAUUAUGUAUGUAUAUAUAUGUUGUAUCUCUUGGAAAAUUCGUCUUUGUUAGGCAACACAAUAAUUCUGUAAGCAUUAUAUUUUCAGUGUAACUGACUAACUGUGGAUAAAAUUUAUGAAUAGAGAAGUGAACAGUCUUGUAUGUGAUAA